UGCAGGCUUAGCAGGCCACCUUCCGUCGUGAACUCGUUCACCGAGUUACCGGCCUCACACCUAUUUUCGUUGCCGUUCUGGAAAGUCAGUAAGGGACCACCUUCACGUGCAGUUGACCGGUCUGCAAUGACCAUUGAGUUCGAUGUCCCGAAAUCCUUUUGUUUUGAUUUCCGCAAGGAGUGUCUUGAACCACUGUCCGUGUCUACUUCCUUUUUCGUCGCGCUUCCGCGCCGUCUCCCCGUCCUCGUCUCCGCCUUCCGUCUCACAACUUCCCUUCAUUCUCACAGCAUGGCGUCUCGUGCUCCCCAUGCUGGACAGCGCUUGCGCAGCCUCAUGCAGAAGAAAUGCGUCAUGCUUCCUGGGGCUUACAACGGUCUCACCGCGCGCCUCGCGGCUGAAGCAGGAUUUGAAGGAGUCUACGUCUCUGGAGCUGCUCUCAGUGCAUGCCAAGGCGUCCCCGAUAUCGGCAUAUUAGGUCUCGAAGACUUUACUCGAGUAAUCUCCCAAGCCGCCUCUGUCACCAGCCUCCCUGUUCUCGCCGAUGCAGACACGGGGUUCGGUGGCCCUGAAAUGGUUCGGCGCACUGUCUUCGCGUACAACCAGGCGGGCGCGGCUGGGCUGCACAUUGAGGACCAGCGUUUGCCGAAGAAGUGCGGGCAUUUGGAGGGGAAGCAGUUGGUGUCCAUUGAAGAGAUGGAGGAGAAAAUCAAAGCGGCCGCUGCGGCGUCCCAGGACUGCUCGAACGGCGACUUCAUCAUCUGCGCUCGCACGGACGCCCGCAGUGUCGACGGGCUUGAUGCGGCUGUGGAGCGAGCAGUCCGAUACACGGCAGCCGGAGCAGACAUGCUUUUCCCCGAAGGACUGGAGACAGAGGAAGAGUUUCAAGCAUUUGCGCAUGCAUUGGCGGUUUUGCCUGGCAAAGCGCCUUUCGGGGGGCCCUAUCUGCUCGCAAAUAUGACGGAAUUUGGAAAGACGCCCAUCAUGGAGCUUUCCACCUUCGAAGGCCUUGGAUACCACUGCGUUAUCUACCCUGUUUCACCUCUCAGAGUCGCCAUGAAAAGCGUCAAGGGCAUGCUGGUCGACUUACGCAAGAAUGGCAGCGUUGGCCAUAGCCUGGAGAAAAUGUAUACACGGCAGGAGCUUUAUUCCACUCUGCACUAUCGGCCGGAAGGGACGUGGACGUAUCCCUCAGCGAGUGUGUGCAUGGACAAAGCCGUGGAAGAUACCGAGGCCUAGGGAGUCUCAGGCUCGGCAUUUUCUUUUUCUCGACUGGUCUCACCAAUACAAAAGACAAUGCUCACAGACGAAAAGCAGAAGUUCUGAAAAGACAAAAGGACGAAAGCGAGGAAACAUGGCACACGACGGCGGGGGGACUCUCACUGCACAACGUUAUUCCAACCAGUGUGCAAGAGUACCCGGAUGUCCUUUGGUGUAUGAAUGCAUGGUCUUUUUCAAUUCCAUCUGGCUGCUUCCGUGAAAUUUCGACGAGAAGCAAGAACAGAAGGCGAGCUUUUGUCACUGCGGCUAGUCGCCAAUAUUGAAGGGCCCGGGGGGGGGGGGAGCAACACAAACCACAGAAAAGGAAGGCGUCUGCAAAAUUUGCGGCGUCCCUCUUGGAAAGAAAGAAAACCGAAGAGGAUGGACAACUUACCCCACCGAGGACAGACCACAGAUGCGAAAAAGAGAAUGAAUCGAGAGAAAAGAAAUGCGAGCCGAUGCAGAGGGGUCCUCUUCGUUUGAGGAGUUUCCAGGAGGGAAGCGAAAGAGACGUUUGGAAACCGGAAAGUGGACAAAACUCCUUUAAAAUGCGGAAGAGUGAGGCGAAUGCAGGGCGGCUGUCUGUUUCCUCUUACGAAACUGUUCAAGGGUUAGAAACCCAGUAGAGUGCUCGUGACAUCUUCCACUUUCGUGUCCUCACUUGGGUGCUCGGUUUCUGCAGUGCAAGCUGCUUCUCGCUGUCCUCACUUCUUUCUAUUGAGUAGACGAGGCACAGCGACCGGUUCCUGCCUGCGCGUUGUGUGAAAGGGGAACUCUGAGAGGCGUUGUUCUUUAUGUUUUCUAACUGGUAGAGAGGGACGUGGUAGCGUGAAAAAACCGGCGUUUCUUUUGCUUCACGGCAGCACAUGAGAAAGCUUCGGAGGUAGAUGUGUUUUCGUCUAAAAUGCAUUUCUCGGAAAAGAACGCCAGAGAACGGUAAAUUCUCUAGACAGUGAC